AUGCCACACAAACACACAAGGGCCAAGAAGGCUGACAACUCCAUCUAUGAUCUGCCUCCAAACGUCGUUGCCAAGCCUCUUCCCACAAACAAAUCUGCCGCGAAACUAAGUGAUAAUUUCAACUCAAAGAGGCGGAAAGGAAAGAAAAGCUCUGCGCCCACAUCCGACUAUGGCCACGAUGACACGCCUAAAGCUUUUGCCCGAUUAAUGUCAUACAAGAAUGGAAAGGCCCCACGAAACGGCCUGGACGAUGGUGCUCCUGCCAAAGCUCAAAAACGGAAACGUGACGCUGAAAUCGAUGAGAAGCCUGCUAUACCAAAGAUGCUCCCCGGAGAGCGCAUGUCAGAAUAUUCCGCGAGGGUCGACCAAGCCCUGCCAAUAUCAGGCCUUGUUAGCAAAGGCAAAAAACUGCCUGGAGUGAAGGAGCACCUGACCAAGCACGACAAGAGACUGCGGAGGAUCCAAGCUGUGUGGCGCAAAGAGGAGGCUGAGAUCAAGGAAAAGGAAGAGGAGGAGCUUGAGCAGCUAGAGGAAGAGGAGGAAAAUCUGAAAGCACUGCUAGCAGAGAACAAGAUCGAGCUACCACAAAGCAAGCGAGGCAAGAGGCGAAAAAUGGUCGGAGAGCAGGACGACGGAGACGAUGAUCCCUGGGCCGCUCUCAAGGACAAGAGAGAGAAGCCGAAAGGUCUCCACGAUGUCGUGCAGGCUCCACCUGAGUUCUCCGCCGUUCCGAAGGAGAAGUUCAAGGUCCGCAAUGGGGCAAAGGUACACGUAGACGACGUCCCGAACGCCGCAGGCAGUCUCAGACGGAGAGAGGAGCUAGGAGAGGCUCGAAAGGACAUUAUUGCAAAUUACAGAGCCAUGAUGCGGAACCGUGGAAAACCCUCAUGA